CCACGCUUGGCGUCGCGCGCCGCACUAGGUCGCGGGGCGAUUCCGAAGAGCCGCGCGUCGAAGUGCGAGGUGUGUAGCUGGACGUGGUUCUUACACGCCAGUAAGUCCGUUGCGUUUAGUGAAAAGUUGUAGCUGAAAGGAUAGUACUUUGGACAUUUGUUGAAUUGUUGAAAAUGGAACAAAUCUCAUUCGUCAGACGACUGUACAUUGGAGGACUUGGCCAUUCAGUUUCUGAAGAUGAACUGUAUGAAAGAUUUAGCAAGUUUGGAAAUGUUACAGAGACUGAAAUCAUUAGCCGGAAGGAUGAGCAUGGGAACCCUACCAAGACAUUUGCAUACCUUAACAUCCUCCUUUCGGAAAAAGAACUUAAAAAAUGUAUAUCGGUUUUAAAUAAGACAAAAUGGAAAGGUGGAACACUACAAAUCGAAUUAGCAAAAGAGAGCUUCUUACACAGACUAGCACGGGAGCGCCAAGAGGCGAGUGUGACAAAAGAAAAAACAGAUUAUAAUGGUAUGACAGAUAUUCAAAAAUCUCUGAAGAAAUCUGGAAUUGUAGAUUUUCAUGUGAAGGCAGUACCAGGAACCGAAAUACCAAAUCAUAAGGACUGGGUGGUUAGUAAAUUUGGCAGAGUUUUACCUAUUCUUCACCUGAAAGAUCAACACAAAAGCAAAAUAAUAAAAUAUGACCCUUCCAAAUAUUGCCAGAACCUUAAAAAACUAGAUCAAGAACCUAUGGAUGCAGUUCCCAUUUCGCAGCUCACUUGGCAUCUGCAAGAAGCUGACAGUAUCAUGAGCAAGAAACGGCAAGGACAAUUCCCUGAAGCUAAGAAGCCACCACCAAACAAGAAAACGAAAAUACAGAACAGUGACAGCCUAAGCAAAGUCAACUCAAACCCAGCAAAUGUCGUCCCUGCAAAACUAAUUCAGAACCGCACCUCUAACUCCAGGAAGCAACCUAAUCAGCACUCUUCGGGUCCAAAGCUAAUAUCUGGAACCAUAUGUUCUAGGCAUAUAAAAAGCCUGUGUAAUGAUGAUAUAGAUUCAGAAGAAGAAAUCAGAGCAAUUGAAGCAAGUGAGAGAAAAAAGCAGAAAGGUAAUUCUAUUAUUGCACCUGAAGAUAAUAUGGAAGUUGUUGGUGAUAACUUUAAGCUGAAAUACAGUACUCAUUGGUCCCUACAGAAAGCAAACAAGCAUAUAGCCCAAGCAUGCCAUGGACUAAUAAGACCUGCAGAAAAUGAAUCUGAUUAUGAUUCAGCUGACACUGAUGAAAUUAUAGCUGUGACUAAAUUAUCUGAUGAAAAAGAGAGAUAUGAAUCUCUAGAAGGCUCUAAGGAAACAGAAAAACAGAAUGAUGGCCAGCCAGAAAGAACCAUCCAGGUUGCAAGUUCUCCAUCUUCUGGUUCAAAGGGAUCCAAAGUGGGAGGAAAAAAAAGAGCAGAGUCCAAAAAACCAUCAGAUGCACAAGCUCUUCUUGACAGAUGCAGAUCUGAGAGUGAGGAAAACUCAGGUUCAUGUUCAGACACAAGUGAAUCUGAAGGGGAUGACGAUUACGAAUCCAUGAUGCAAAAUGGCUUCCGAUUAGAUCUUACCUUAGAAGAUUUAGAGAAAUUAGCUGGAGAAAGUAGUGAAGAUUCAGAGGAAGACAAUGGAAUAAUUCAAAGGGCCAUUCAACCACAAACUAACUAUUACUCAGGUAGGAACACUGGUACUGCCCCAGAGAUCCCCACAAUUACCACCACUUCCAAAAAAUGUAUUUGCCCUGAAGAAAUACUUGCUGCCAUUUUAAAAGAAGAGAGAUCUGACAAAGAUGAUUUGAAACAAAAAGAGGAAAAAGUGAAUAUUCAACCUUUCAAGGGACUGGGGUCCCUUGUCAAAGUACUGCCUGAGAGCGAAUUGAAUGUAAAUGUGAGUGAAAAGAAACACUCUUCUUUUGAACUUGAAGUGGAGUCUAGAAAAAGUAUUACAGAAGUGAAAUACUCAAGUUCUGCGAGUAAGAAACUUAACUCCAAACCACCAUCCUUGAAAGGCUUGGACUUGGACAUUCCUAAAGGAAGUCUUUCUGGAAACUCAAGUGAGCAUUCUGACCACCUCCCAGACAGUAUUGGAAAAGCAGAGAAAAUAAGCCACGAUAUUAGUCUUAUCUCUGAAAGGGAACCCGCCCAACAGGGGAAGUCUCUUUCCAAGGGACCAACAACUUCCAAUCUUAUACACAAUAAAAAUUUAAAUGACUCUCCAAAAAAUGAAGGCAGCUACUCAGUUUCUCCCAGAAAAACAAAGAAAUCGGACAACAUGGGAAUGCAACUACAGGACAACAAGAGAAGAUUGGCAGCAAUACAAGAGAGGCAGAAAGAAUGGGAGCUCCAGAAAAUAAUUAUUCAGGGAGCUCUUACCAGCCAGCAAAUUCAGUCACCAAAUAAACAGAAGCACAUCGUGUUUGGUUCAGAUAAUGAGAACGAAGUACAAGAGUGUGCUGAAGAAGAAUCUUCAGGAAAGAUCCCAGUAAAGGAGUUCACACCCAAAACUUCUGGGAAGCUGUUUGAGAGCAGCGAUGAAGAAUCAGACACUGCAGCUGGCGAAAAUGAUCGGUUCAAAAUCAAACCUCAGUUUGAGGGCAAAGCUGGAGAGAAGCUUAUGCAUUUACAGUCACAUUUUGGCACAGAUGAAAGAUUUCGUAUGGAUGCUCGUUUCCUUGAAAGUGAUAGUGAUCAGGAAGAGAAAUCAAAGAAAUCGAUAACAGAGGAAGAAGAGGAACUUUCUUUAGAAAAAAAGAAGAAUCUUGAGAUCUUGAAAAAUCUUCUACAUAUUGAUAUAGACCCUCCCAAAUGUAGGAAGCUAGCUGCAGAAGGCCAGAAAUUCAGAGAUAUGAAUACCUUACGCUAUGACCCCACAAGGGAAGAUCAUGCAGUGUUUGAAAAAAAGCCAGCUAAUACUGAAAAAGAGAGUAAAGCUAAAAAGAAGAAGAAAAAAGAAGAAGCUCAGAAACUGCCUGAGGUGUCUAAAGAUACAUUUUAUAAUGUCGCAGUGGACUUAAAAGAAGCACUUGGAUCUACAAAACAGGAUGAAAAAAAAGAAAUAAUACCAUGGGACCAACAUGAUGAUGCUGAACAAACCCCUUCAACCGAUAUACCAAAAUUCAAUGCUGAAAGACAAGAAGGAAACAAGGGUUUCACCUUUUCCUUUUUUGGUGAUGAAGUGGCAAGAUCACCUAUUAAAGAAGAUCCGUACAUAAUUGAAAUAUUAAAACCUUUACGAGUAGCUUGGCAAGAAGAUCCCCGUUUUCAAGAUAGUAGUUCAGAAGACGAAGAAUCAGAAGCAGCUGAAGUACAAGAUAUUAAAGAAAGUUCUCCAGCUGAAUUACAUUCAAAUAUUAGAUUUUUCUUCUUCUCACAAGAUGAUGACCGAUUAAAAGAGGGCCCCAAGCUAUUCUAUAAAGCUUCAGAUCUUGAUGAAGAAACAGAGGAUUGGGAAAGCAGGCGCCAAAUAUUGCUUGAGGAUUGUCGGAAGAAACAUAAAGAUGCAAGAAGGAAAGUUAAAGCAAAACAUUAACAGCAGUUCUGCUAAAGAAGGACGAUUCAGAAUGUUGAAUAUACUUUGACUGAAUCCUGGGAUAAUGGAAACCAUUGAAAAAAACACAUCUACGGAUAGCUUGGAAGUAUGAAUUAGUGCUGAAUAAACAACUUUGUGAAAUCAGAAUAGA